UUUGGUUUUCUAAUUGCCUAUAAUUAUUUUCUUUUAAAGUUGUAAAAAACAUAACUUAUAUGUGAUAAAUAUUUUUUUAUUAACUAAAAAAUACUAAAAAUCUUAAUAAUGGCCAAAGUGGUACAGCGAUCCGUUUCUUUUGGAAGUAAAAGAACUCCAGAUCCCAUGGAUAGGUAUUUGGAGCUGCACUUCCUGUACCGAAAGCACAUGAUAAGGGACUCCUCAUGCUUGUUUCGUGCGGUUGCCGAGCAGAUUUACGAUACCCAGAUGCUCCACUAUGAAGUUCGACAGGAAUGUGUUCGCUAUAUGUUCCGGAAGAGAAGCAGUUUCCGGCCAUAUGUGCGUGGAGACUAUGACAAUUAUUUGUACCUCCUUAAAAGGAGAAAAACAAAGGGCACCAUGUUGGAGCUGCGUGCCCUGUGCCACCUUUACCGCCGGAAUGCUAUCAUCUACAAACCAUUCGAGCUGGGUAAAUUUGUUGUCUACGACAAGGCUUAUCCGGAGACCAUACACAUUUUUGUGAGUCAUCAAGAGUACUUUGACUCCGUAAUGACCAUGUCGGAGAUAGAAAUGGCCGCAGUUUGCCAGGCUGUAGCCUAUAAAUUAGUCUACAAGAACCUCUUCCGGCUACCGGACGUUAAUCUCGCAGUGGAAUGGAUGCUGUAUCCACAGACUUUCAAUUGUAUCAACUUUGAGUUCGAUCAGCAAGGCAAUGUCAUCUCUUUGGUUUGCUGUAAUGGUCGGAUCUUUCGACUGGAUCGCCCUGAGCACACCGUUUGUCUUUUGGAUAACUACGAACAAUGUCCUUUCCAUAACUCUAGGUUGAAGUUUGGCCAGCAGAACAAACAGUCUUCGCCUAUGUCCUGCAUGCGGCAUAUUCUCGAGCAAAAUGGCACACCAUUUCGUUAUUCGGUUGCCAAAGCUUUGGAUCCUUACAAUUAUCGUAACUUUGAGUUUAUUAGCCAAAUAGUGCGUCUUGAAGCACAAUUGAGGAAUAUCUAUCUGGGCGACUAUAACUUCAAGGUGGGUGCCAAGUGCUUGGUGGAUUUGCACAACAAUAAAAAACAGCUCAGCACUUGCCACAUCCAGGCCAUUAAUAAUAAUAAAACCUAUUGCAAGGUGUUCGUCGAGCAACUGGGCAAACUUCUUGAGGUACCUUAUGAUAAACUUCACCCACUGCCGCCUGGUGAAUUCAAGCCCUGGGAUUGUUGCUCCAAGAACGGGGAGACACUGCGUCGGGACUUCCAAAUGUGGCGUAUGCAGAUGCCAAAUGUAUCUAUUCAGUCAUGUAAUAAUGGAAUUCAAAAUGAGUGGGUAAAUGUACCAUUGACUCAACAUGCACAAGGUAAUCCGCUGCCUGCCCAACAGAAGAUUGUAAAUGUUCCACCGCAGCACACUAUGCCACCACCGUUGGCCGUUCCACGUCCGUAUUUCGUUCAGGCCUCGCAGACUUUUUUCGGCCGUCCUCCAUUGAUGCUAAAUAACCAGCCAAUGCCUCCAAGGCCAUUUCCGCCGCAUCACAUGAUAAUUCGUCCGCCUACUCCAGCCACCUUUAUCAUCACAACCAGAGGACCAGCUCCGCCUAGCAUGAUGCCUCCUUCUUUUAUCGUCCACAACUCUCCUUUGAUGAUCAAUACUAAUAAUGGCAACCCGCCUCCUACAUAG